AUGGGAGUGGACGCUGAGAUUGCAAACAUUUAUGAAGGCAUCUACAAUAUAAAUUCAACUCUUUUCACGGUACUCCUCAGAAAUAUCCAUGAAUCAACUUCUUCUCGCAGAUGAACCAAGGUCUUUCUGGUCUGAUGGAUAAUCUCGACUCAGCUCUCACGACUUUUGACCGCACGGUAUUUCUUUUUCCGAUUUCGUUUGUGACUUAAUUCAGGUAAACAUGGUGGUUUCCAAAGUAAACUCAGUUCAAAGAGACAUUGUGCAGACUUCGGACAAGGUUAGUGGGAGACUAGCUCGAAGUCUAUCUGUCCCAGUUUCCCGGAGAAUGGCUCUACCUUCUGAUUUUGUUAAUCGUGAUAUUCGUCAUUGACGUCAUCGGCGUCUACCUGGCCCUGCACAUCUACCGCUUCUUCUCGAACAGAAACGCCGCCUUCGACCGUCAGCGAGAUUGGUACAACAAGAACGUCUUCCGCAGAGCAGAAUCCCGCGUAUACAGGUCACAGUUUCAAUUUUUCAACUUUUUCAAUUCAUCGACUGUAGUUAGGGUUUUUAUUCAUAGAAAAUCCGCUUUGGUAAAAUAGAAGAUACUCAGAAAACCAAUUUUUAUAAUUGUCCUAUUUACAGAAACAUAAUUGGGAAGAUGCUGAAGGGGUAAACAACUAUUAAAUUUUAGGCCAUAAAUAGUACUACUACUGCUUUUUUUUUUCAAAAAUAAAGGCCAAAUUGUGAUUCCAUAUUACCAGGGAGCGCAUAAAUUGUUGCCACGAAGUUUUCCGGUUGUGAAUUCAUGAGGAUAUAAUUUAUUUGUUGUUUUAGUCAUGAAUGUGAUUGACUAGACGGUGAACGAGGACUUCUGAAGCUACAACGACCUUUGGCCAGCUAGAAGUCUAAACGUGUAGUUGAUAAAGUUGAAAGCGUUUCUUACGGUUCUUCUUCUCGUUCUUCUGCGCGUAGUUCAGUUGCGCCUUGAAGAGCUCAGAACGUAGCGGAUGUUGCGGAUGAAGCCCGGAGGCCUUGUUCUAGGUGGGAGUCUCGGAAUGAGGGCAGGCACUUCGAGUUAAGACUUUACACGGGCUUUAAACUUGAUGCAAUGAUUCAUGCGCACCCUCCACACUUUUUUCGGACCCAAACUGAAAAAGAAACAGGUUUCUACAUUUCUUCUCUUACAUGGUUUGAAUAUUUCAAACGGAAGCGGAUUGCAGAGCGGACGACUUGGAAGACAUCGAAACUCCGCCGCCGACGUACUCCGAGUACGUUGAAACAGCCGAUCUUUAUGCUCAGUACCACCAAAAUGGUUCGUUUUUCUUCUCUGAUCUCUGUCGGCAUGUCAAAGCUUCAAUAUAAUUCAGAUCUAGGUCAUUGUGUGUUUCUUUAGAGUUCUGAGCCAAGAAUCUCUUCUCAAUACAGUUGUAAAUGUGCAGAAAUGUUAUUUUUUUCUUUUAGGUAACAUGACGUCAAGUUCGAGGCGGCCGUCAGCUGCCGAUUCAUCGCGGGAAUCGGAACUUUCUCGUUUGAUCUGAUAAUUUUUGUUUAAUUAUAGUCGAAAAAGAAUUCCUGUGGUUUUUUGAUAACUUGUAUAGUUAAAUAGUUCUCCAAGAUGCUCUCUCAAAGAUCUCUAGGUUAUUGAAGAAAAACUUCUAAGUCUUGGUCAAUUGAAAAAGUAUCUCUCUUUUUACUCUUCGCGGCUUUGUUUGUUCUGCCAUAUAUACGACGGGUUCAAUCCUCUUUUUUUUUCAAUAAAUUUUCCAAUCCUCGAAAAGUGACAAAAAAAAACUUAUAGAAGUAGAGAGAAAAAGAACGAGUUGAAAGCGAAACGAUGAGCCGGUCUGAAGAGGUCGCUCGCUUUUGUUCUCUGGAAAAGUCAACGUGGAGGCGUGACGACCGAUAAUCUGAAUACAACACCUUAAUCCGAUUUCGUGCAACCUGUAACAACUUUGCCGUUUCCGACGUUCCAGAUGAGUCGAGUCUCUUUUCUGCUUGUUCUCCUGUUUCUCGGAGUCCUGAGAGCUCAGUUGGGCAUGCUCAAUCCGUACGGAGUCGGCUAUGGCAUGGGCGGCAUCGGUUUGCUCUUCCAUCUUCCUUUUGUACUUUCAGAAGUGUGUUGGAAAAAGUUAUUGGAGAAUUAUAGUGAAUUUUUGGAUUGCAAAAUAUGCUGUUUUCAGAUAUAAUAAAUCCAUCCCGACUUGGAAGGUGACGGAGGCGAAGAAGUGGGCGGUACGCGUAGCGUGUGAGUACGCGGCUCUUGGCACGAGUUCAAUUCAACAGCCACUAAUUCGAAAAGCUCGGCCGCUCUUUUCUUAUCUAUUCUACUGAACAAAUGAAAAAGAUCAAUAAAGAAUGAAAAAAGAAAUGAAAAGAGCUAUAAAGGAGUUCUCCAAAUAGUCGCUGGCGGUUGAAUUGAACUCGUGCCAAGAACCGCGUACGCGUCUCGCCCCUUCUCCCCCUCCCUCGUCUUUCAACUCACGAAAAAUUGACUGAAACUACUAACUUAAUUCGAAAAGUAAAAAGAACAGCUGAAUCUUUGAUGAGAAAGUAAGUUCAGGCGGAUACAGCGGCUAUGGACUAGGUAUGGGCCAGUUCGAUAUGUACAAUCCGUACGGUUAUUCGGACUACUGGCGAUGCAGAAAGUCUAUUUUCCCGAAAGAUUCUAUCUUUAUCACUUUUUGCAGUUUGAUGGGCGGCUACGGAGCGUACAAUCCGACGUUUCUGGGCAGAAAAUGA